AUGGCGGGCAUAAAGGACGGAGAAUACACCGCUACGAUCUACAAACUGAUCAAAGAAAGCCAGUAUGUCGACGCCAUUCACAUCCUGAACGGACAGCUACAGAAACACCCAAAGUCGCGAGCCGCCCUCUCUCUGCUGGGAUACUGCUUCUUCCACCUGCAGGAUUUUUCUGCUGCAGCGGAGUGCUACGAGCAGCUGAGCGCGCUGCACCCAGAGGUUGAGGACUACAGGCUCUACCACGCCCAGGCCCUCUACAAGGCUGGAGCCUAUCCUGAGGCUACUAAGGCCUGCUUCUCCCUGGACACUCCCACCUGCCACACCAAGAUGGUGAAGCUUCAAGCCUGCAUCAAAUACUCUGAAGAGGACUAUUCUGCUGCAAAGUCUUUGCUGGAGCAGCUGCCUCAGGACGACCCUGACUACAUCUUCAACAGCGGCUGUUUACUUUACAACGACGGGAAGUAUGAGGAGGCCUGCAAGAAGUUCACCUCUGCUUUGCAGCUGCUGGGAUACGUGCCUGCUCUGUCCUACAACAUCGCUCUUUGCUACUAUAGCCUGAAGAACUACGCGCAGGCCCUGAAGUACAUCAGCGAAAUCAUCGAGAGAGGCAUCAGAGAGCAUCCAGAGCUGAGUGUCGGGAUGACCACAGAAGGCAUUGAUUACCACAGCGUUGGAAACACUCUGGUUCUGCAUCAGACGGCGCUGAUUGAGGCCUUUAACCUGAAGGCAGCCAUCGAGUAUCAGCUCAAAAACUUGAAAGGAGCUCAGGAGGCGCUGACCGACAUGCCUCCCAGAUGUGAGGAGGAGCUGGACCCUGUAACCCUCCAUAACCAGGCCCUGCUCCACAUGGACCUAAAGCCUAGUGAGGGGUUUGAGAAGCUGGCCUUCCUCUUGCAGCAAAUCUCCUUUCCUCCAGUUACCUUUGGGAACCUGCUUCUGCUCUACUGCAAACACGAGUAUUUCGACCUGGCGGCUGACGUCCUGGCGGAGAACGCACAUCUCACCUACAAGUUCCUGUCUCCAUACAUGUACGAAUUCUUAGAUGCACUGCUGACCUGCCAGACAGCCCCAGAAGAGGCUUUCAGGAAGUUUGACGAGAUGAAUGGGAAAAUGACGGAGCAGCUUCGGAAAGUAGCCAAACAGUUACAGGAGGCUCGUUUGGCUCGAGACGAUGACGGCCAGAAGAGGGCGCUGCAGGAGUACGACCAGAUGCUGGAGAAGUACAUCGUGGUGCUCAUGGCUCAGGCAAAGAUCUACUGGAACCGUGAGAACUUUGUUAUGGUGGAGAAGAUCUUCCAUAAGUCUGUGGAGGUCUGCAACGAGGACGACACCUGGAAACUCAACGUGGCCCAUGUUCUCUUCAUGCAGAACAAGUACAAAGAGGCGAUAGGAUUCUACGAGCCCAUUGUCAAGAAGCACUACGAGAGCAUCUUGAACGUGAGUGCGGUGGUGCUGGCCAACCUGUGUGUUUCCUACAUCAUGACAAGCCAGAAUGAGGAGGCUGAGGAGUUAAUGAGGAAGAUCGAGAAAGAGGAGGAGCAGAUCUCGUACGAUGAUCCGGAGAAGAAGGUGUUUCAUCUCUGCAUCGUCAACUUAGUCAUCGGGACGUUGUACUGCGCCAAAGGAAACUACGACUUUGGUAUCUCCCGAGUGAUAAAGAGUUUGGAGCCGUAUAACAAGAAGCUCGGCACUGAUACCUGGUUUUAUGCCAAACGUUGCUUCCUGUCUCUGCUGGAGAACAUGUCCAAACACACAGUGAUGCUGCGCGACGCCGUGGUCCAGGAGUGUGUGACCUUCCUCCAGCACUGUGAAGUUUAUGGCAGAGAGGUUCCGGCUCUGAUCGAGGCGCCACUGGAGGAGCCUCGCGUUCACGUUGGGAAAAACACUGUGACGUUUGAAGCUCGAGUUCUGAAGGAGCUGUUCUAUGAUGUCACCGGCUGGAACAAGUGA